AAAUCAUUGCGCCGUCGUCCGUCAUCGAAGUCGGACGUCAUGGCGUGUAAAUCUAUUAUCGUGAGUGUUUUAGCAUGGGCUGUGUGGUGCGAUGCUCAAGCAAGGGCUCAGAAGUACACAGUACCUCCUGCAAAAUUAGAAGCUAUUUAUCCUCAAGGCCUCAGAGUUUCGAUACCAGAUGAUGGUUUCUCCCUCUUCGCUUUUCACGGUAACCUCAAUCAAGAAAUGGAGGGCUUGGAGGCCGGACAAUGGUCUAGAGACAUCACCAAAGCAAAGAACAAUAGAUGGACGUUUAGAGAUAGGAAUGCUAAACUAAAGCUUGGAGAUACAAUUUAUUUUUGGACGUAUGUUAUCAAAGAUGGAUUAGGUUAUAGGCAAGAUAAUGGAGAAUGGACAGUUACUGAGUUUGUGAACGAGGACGGAAAUCCAGUUGAUGGACAAGCGACGUUAUCCCCAAACGUGCCACCAGUGGUAUCCCCAACUGUCACAACCGCACCAAACAUCCCAACGAGAGGCACAUCUGCCCCGCCCUGUCAAGGUUCUGUGACCGCCGUGCUUGGUCGCACUAACAUUUGUAAAGGUGCAUUACUCUUUAAUGAAGAAUUUGAUAAGAAUAAUAUCAAAGAUUUGGUUAAUUGGGAUCCGGAAAUUAAAUUUCCUCAAGAGCCGGACUAUCCAUUCAACCUGUACAUGGCGGACGGCACUCUCAGUGUAGAAAAUGGGAUCUUGUCUAUAAAUCCAGUACUUCUUGAAUCUAAAUACCACGAGGGCUUUGUUAAUGAACAACUGGAUUUGUCUAACACAUGCACUGGUCAAAUCGGCACCAGGGAGUGUAAACAAGUCGCCUCAGGAGCACAGAUCUUGCCGCCAGUGAUCACAGGGAAAAUCUCAACUAGGAACAAGUUCAAUUUCAAGUUCGGCAGAUUGGAAGUCCGUGCUAAGCUGCCCAGUGGAAGCUGGAUAACACCAGAGAUAACAUUAGAGCCCCGUGACAAAGUUUACGGCGAUAAGCGUUAUGAGUCCGGUCUGAUCAGAAUCGCCUUCACCAAAGGGAAUGCGGUCUUCGCGAAGAAGUUGUACGGCGGACCGGUUCUGUCCGACUCUGAACCAUACCGCUCCUUCCUCAUGAAGGAGAAGAUAGGAAUUGACAGCUGGUACAAGGACUUUCAUAACUACAGCUUGGUGUGGAAACCAGACGGCAUGCAGCUGUUUGUCGAUGGAGAAAUGUACGGCACUGUGGACCCUGGUGAAGGGUUCUAUAAUACGGCGAGACAAAAUGCGGUACCUCACGCCAUGCAUUGGGUGAAAGGAUCAGUUAUGGCGCCGCUCGACGAAAUGUUCUACGUCGCUCUCGGCCUUCGAGUGGGUGGUAUUCAUGACUUCACCGACGGUCCUGAAAAGCCUUGGAAGAAUAAGAACAACAAAGCAACUGUCAACUUCUAUAACGCUCAAGACAAUUGGUUUCCGACUUGGUUCGAUGCUAACCUGAAAGUGGAAUAUGUUAAAGUCUACGCUUUGUAAUUAGUACGAGCUAUUUUAUGUGCUCCUGAUACAGUCGCGGAAAAUCGCGAUGUUCCAG